UUCUGGUAUUGCACCUAUCUGGUUUGGUGUAAUCAACUCAAAGGAGAGGUUAUUCAUGACCAGUGAAAAAUGUCAAUGAAGACUGACUUAAUGUUUAUGCCGACUUUGAGUUGUCCAUGUAUGGACUAAAGAAGGAAAGUUUAUAUGUCCCAAUGCCCUGCAAAAUGUGGUAGAUGUAUCAGUGCUCUUUGAGUGUUUAAAAGUUUGUUCCAUUUGCUUUCUAGAAUUUCCAAUGAAGAAUACAUAAAAAUGAAAAGAGCAAAACCUUUUGGGGGUUGAACAGUUGUGUCUUAAACGCAGAACACUAAAAUGUACUUGAUGUCGUUUCUAUUUGCGGUACAGAAACCAGCUCGUCUUGGAUAAUGAUUCUUUUGAAUAGAAGCACAGAAAGCGUCAGAAAUGGAGGGAGAGUCACAAUCUCAAAGUUCUCAGAAUUCUCAAAGUAUCUUUUUACCUUCAAGAACUCGUCCAAUUCUUAAUCGGAGAUUUUUGAACAAUCGCACGACCACUGUUCGUCCUUUCACUUUCGUCAGAAACUGGGAGAACAAUAUUUCUCCAGUUGCAGCUGUGUUACAGUCACAAGAAGAACUUUCUGAGGUGUAUACCUCACCAGAACCUGUUGCCCUACAGUCCAAUAUUCCAGUUGCUAUACCACAGCAACAAGAAUAUAGACAUUUAUCAGAAGAAGAAUAUCUUUCUGAAGAAGAAUUAAAUGAACAAGGCACACAGCAAAAAAUAUAUGACCAAGAUGAAAGUGGUUCUGAUGCAGAACAAGGGCAUUACUCAGAGGAUGGAAGGCCAACAUCUGGAGAAGAAAGCACUGAGGAGUAUAUUGAACAAGGGUCAGAUAACAUAGUCUCUAGGAAAUCUAGUUUCAGAGCGAGAGCUGAUCCUGACAAUGAACAAAUGAUGUCGGGUUUGGAAUCGGGUCCAACACAUCAAAAGCAUACAUCUUUGCACACUUCGUUUGCUAAAACUGUCACCCCAAAGCACAGCUCAAGUACUACAGGUUCCAACUCUGGGCCAGUUUAUCAAAGGAGUACCAAGGAUAAAAACAGUACAUUGCCAAAAUCUGUAGGAAAUGAAACCACUUCUUCCUCAACAGCAGAAAGAUCGGGUCCAAGAAUCAGAUACACUCCCAGGCGUCCCCCAAGCAUUGUAAGCACACCCAUGAGUUUUAAAGGAGGAAGAACACAAACUGAGAGAAUUCAAACUCCUUUGAAUAGAAGCAUGGAUCUAAGCAUUCUAGAUGGAACAGCAGUGAUGGAUGCCAGGACACCAAGGGUUCCAGAAAAACAACCUGUGCAAAAACCAAAAAAACGGACUACACAGUCGUUAGAGGAAACAAAUCGGGCAAAAUCUGUUCGUUUGUGGAGUGGAGGUAGAAAGAGAAAUAUUUCUGAUGCCACUGAUCUGGAUGUGGCCCUGGAAGCAAUUGAAGACAUUGCUGCACUUGUUAGAGAUAAUGCAACAACAAAAGCUGUUAGAAGAGGAAUCAGUCAGUUUGUGUUUGAUUUAAGAGAAGUUGUGUUUGACACAAUUGACCUUGCUCUUGAAGUAAGAAGUCUAAAAUCUGCCCAAUUAAAGAGCACAUCUGGUAUAAGAAAACACAGGAUGGAGAUACUGCGCUAUCAGAAAGAUCAAUCUGUGUCAAGGUCAGAAUUGUCUGCCUUGAAAUGGGAACAUGAAGAAGAGAGGAAAAAAUUACAGGCUGCUAAAGAAGUUAGUAGUUUUUUAACUGACCUGCAAGAACUGCAACAAAAGUACAGGGACACGAACCCUGCUCAGGCAGAAGAAGAGGAUUAUCAAGUGGAGGCCAAUGUACCAGCCUUACUCAUCGAAAAAACAAAGGACCUGGAAACAGUCAGCCAACUUCAGCGUAUUAAUUCUAAAAUGGAAACCUGGUUAAAAUUGAACUCUGCCGAGAUGGUAACAAGCAAAUCGUAGACAACUCUCAAACCCAUUCAUAUAUGGAAAUUCCGAAUUCUAAGACAGCAGAAAUAAUACAAUGGAGUUGGUUGCUCUCAAACAGUAGACAGUUGCUAAGCUCACUUUAACAAACUGCAUUCAUAAAUCAUGUUAUUGUCAAUCUGGGCAAAAUGCCUGAAACAAGUCAAUUGAACCAUCUUCUUGUUCACAGGGUAAAAACAACAUCUCUUUAUUCUUAAGAAUCUGCUUGCUUGUGCAGUGUUACUUAUUUUUAAACGAUUAUUAUUUCAAAUUUGCAUUCAUGCCACAUGCUGUAUGUAUUUGUCCAAUGUGUCCUUUAUGACUUUUAUUUCUGUUUGAGGCACACUUUCAUGAUUAGAGGUUAUAUCAUUGCAGAGAAGCUGGGAAAUAAUAAUUUAGUGCUUGCCUAAUGGCCAGUAAUCUACACAUUUGUUUGGCCUAAUCCAAUAAAAUCAAUGAAAAAUAGAAGCAUAUUAACCACAAAUAGGACUUAUGCUUUCUCAUCAACUCGUUUUAUCAAGCUUCUGGUCAGAGACCUAUUCAUCUUUAGAAUGAUAUAAUCAAGCAGUUUUAUGUGAAAUAUGGUAAAACAGACCCGUUUAAUAAGAGAAUCGGUUUUCGAAGUGCACCAUUGCAAGGUGUCAAUUAAAGUUAAAAUAUUUA